AUGAAGAAAAGGAGUGGCACCACCGUGGCACAGGUGCAACUGCCCGCCUGUGGCGUGGCUGGCGCAUGUGUCACCGUACAGCAUGUGGCCACCUGCCCUUCCUCGUCGCGUGCACCACACUUACAGCAGCUGCGUGCGAGGCCAGGGGGCAGGCAAACACGUGGCGGUGUCACGGCAACCGCCCCUCUGGCCACCAAGUGCCUGGCUCCAACUCCUCCAAGAGAGGUGCGUGGAAUAGCAUGGCAGAAGCCUGGACUAGAGAUGGGCAGCGCUAAGGAGCCCGAGGCUUUGCAGUUGUUGAAGCAAGAAGUUGCUCCAGAAGAUGCUCAGCAGCCCAAUGCCAACUUGCCCUGUGGUCAGGAGAAAGACAGCUGCCUCCAGAACACCAAAUGUGACGGAGGGGAUCUUACCAUGAGGAACUGCUGUGUAAAUGAUCUAGGCACCGAAAGCAGCUGUCAAGACGAUACCAUGGUGGACAACCCCAACCAGAAGGAGAAAGCCCCAGUUGUGGAUGCACAGCCUUCUAUGGAUCUACCCGCAGCCACUGGGACUGUGGCUCUUAGAGACACAGGGACUGGAGAAAACCCACCGGAAGGGGUAGGAGGCGUAGCAGCUAACAGUGAUUUGUGUCACAACAGUGAGCAGAGUUCUUGCAUGAAGGAGCUUCCCAGUAGUUCAACCAAUACCUGCAACCUUCUGGAAGGAAAAUAUUCUGGGAAAGCCAGUCCUACGGCUGAAAAGAGAAAUGCUGGGAAGGCUUGUUGGCAACUCCCAGCAGAACCCUGCUUUAAGGGAGCCAAUAAGGAUUGCUCCAGUGCACCAGCUUCCCUGAAACACGUUGCAUUUCUUGAACCAACCAAAAACAAAGAUGAGUCAGGAAGUGUCAGAACAGGAAUGGUACAUUCUGAGCUGGAUCCAGCCCUUGCCACAUGCCUGCAGAAAACAAGCCAAGGGCAGCCUGAUGCUUCUAAGAGAGAUACGUGUAAGCUUAGCAGUGACACCUGUGAAGCAGAGGAACACUUGAAUGAAGGACAAAGAGAUACCCUUGGGCUGGAAGCCUCCAAGGAAGCUGUCUCAGAGCCCUCAAGGGCAGGCACUGCACCAGGGAAGUCAGGCAAGCCAGGUGCAGAAAUGAACCAGUUGGGCCCUAGUGCAGAGAUGAGGCCUCCUGUUAUAAAAGUUAACACAGGUGUGGGCUCCAGUGGAGUGUCAGAAACUCUCAUACCUGCUGCUGCUUCUGUCCAUGAAAUCAAACACCAGAGCACAUCAGGAGAUGCUCAAACAACGCCAGGUCAAGUCACACAGGAACCAGAAGGGCUCAGAGAAGCACCACCCUCCAGCACCAAGGGUAACAACGGAGCUCAGGAACAACCAAAGUCAGUAGUGACUAGCACGAGUAUGAAUGAAGGACACACAUCAUGUGUAGAGACGGAGUCUAUGGAGCUUCUUGCCAAGACCUGCUUGUUUGAGAUCACUGCUCCUCAGCAAGAUGCUGGGACUCAAGUUGACAACCGUGUGUCUUUGGUGUCAGUUGCCAUCAGCCCCAUCAACCCGCCAGAUGGUUCCACAGCCUUCACCUUCCACACCAGGGGCUUGGCACCCUCCUCUUCUCUGAAGAGUCCUGGCCCAGAACAGAAACCUACCAAGAAGGAUGUGGAGAUGCAAGUGUUCAUCCCAGUAGAGACCCGGUCGGUGGCCACAGGGCCCAUGACUCCUGUGACCAAAUCCCCCCAAGCCUCCUAUCCUGAGGUGCAUGUUAAAGGGGCACAGGAAGAGGCACCAGAGCCUGUGCGCGAGGUCAGCUGGGAUGAGAAGGGGAUGACGUGGGAAGUGUAUGGUGCCUCUAUGGAGGUGGAGGUACUGGGCAUGGCCAUCCAGAAGCAUCUGGAAAAGCAGAUUGAAGAACAUGGCCGGCAGACGGUGAUGACUCCUCAGAGCACCCGUGCCAGCUCCAUCAAGGGUGCCCCCCGGAAGGGCGAGAUCAAGAGGCAGCCCAGCAUGUUCAGGGCUCUCCUACAAAAUGUGCGUCGGCCCCGUUGCUGCUCCCGAGGGGGCCCAGCUGUGGAGUAAAGUGGGCCCUCGCCCUCUGUCAGGUUUUAUAGCAGCCGGAAAGGCAAAUGUUGUGUGGUUUCUCAGGCAAUGUGUGAGCCAAUCCCUUUUGAGUCUUCUGA